AUGUCCCUCCCACCACCCUUCAUCGUCACAGUCCACAACUACCACCCCUCCACAACCCCCAACAACACCAACACCAAUCCCGUCCAAACCUACGAAUACAUCUUUCCCUCCACCAACCCCACCAACCCCAACCCGCCCGUGACCCCAACCCCGCAAAACGCCCUCAUAUUCAUCGGCGGCCUCGGCGACGGGCCCCAUACCAUCCCCUACAUCCGGCAAAUCGCCAAACACCUGUCCGCCACAGCCAGCGGGUGGACUGUUUUUGAGGCACGGCUGUCUAGCGUGUUUACGGGGUUUGGGUACGGCUCGUUAGAGAGGGAUGCGAGGGAGUUGAGGGAUUUGGUUAGGUAUUUGCGUCGGGGUCGGGGGGAUGGGCAGGCCGGGUUUGGGAAGGUGGUGUUGAUGGGACAUAGUACGGGGUGUCAGGAUUGUUUGGAGUAUGCGAAAGGUGUUGUUGAGACAGUUGGGGAGGGGGAAAGGGGGGAGGUUAGGGUGGAUGGGUAUAUCUUGCAGGGACCGGUGUCGGAUCGGGAAGCGAUUGGGAUGACGGAGGAUGCUGGGGAGGUGGAGAGUGCGGUGCUGCGGGCGGUGGAGAUGGUGAGAGGGGGUAAGGGGGAGGAGGUGAUGGAGAAGGGCUUGUUGCCGGGCGGGUGGAGGAAUAACCCGAUCACGGCGUACCGGUGGGCAUCGCUGGCGGGGGUUGGCGGUGAUGAUGAUUACUUCUCCUCCGAUUUGUCCGACGAGAAACUGGCCGCCAUCUGGGGGAAGCUAGAGCAGCCGGUGCUGAUUGUGCCGUCGGAGAAGGACGAGUGGGUGUCAGGGGAGAUCGAUGUCAUGGGCCAGGUCACGAAAUGGAAGGGGUUCUGCAAGCCGGGCAUCGCGAGCGACCUUAGCGGACUCAUUCCAGGGGCAAACCACCGGGUGGAUAAUGCUGAGGGCCAGGAGUGGCUGUCUGAUCGGGUUGCUCGGUUUUUGGCCGCCCUGGAGAAGAGAGAGUAA